GUAAAUCGUUGAGUAGUAAAUACAAAGGCUUUUUCUAAUUUUGGUGCAAGUCUAAAAAAUAUUGUUGUAUUUUAUUUUCUCUAAUCAAAGCGCAAGCUUCUGAGAAAUAUUCAAAAGUAUUGUUUGUUUCUUAAACCGUGAACUUACCUGCCAUUAAAAAUGGCUUCAACUACGCGUGCGCAAAUUUUCUUAGUGAUUUUCGUUUGCUCGCUCUGUGGCAAGACACAAUUGUCUCAUGCAGCUAUUGAAUAUAAUCGCUAUUUGGCGCAUAUUUUCCACAAAUAUGGCACUGGAGGCACCAUUUCAUUCGAGGGUCUCGAGCAUUUGAUGUACAAUCUAGGCUUAGGACAAAUCGAAUUUGAACCUGAACACACUAUCGAUGAACAUCGCCCAAAAGGUUACAAAACAUUCGAGUCUGAUGAUGACGCAAAGUUGACGGCAUAUUUCGAAAGACAAAUUUCGAAACUCUCUCCAUCGGAUGAAGAUAUUGAAGUGUUGAAGGAGAGCCAGAAAAGCGCCGAUGAAUUGGAUAUACUAAUUGAAGGAAAAGACAAAGGAGUUUUGCUGGAAUUCAAAGAGAUGCACGAUCCCAAGCAUAGACACCCACGGGAGAGUGAUGCUUCUUUGGACGCUGCACCUCUCUCCGCGAAUGUUUGCCUAUCCCCAAAGUCCAUGCUACGUCUGGUCGUCGAUCAUGAUGAUUUACACAAACGUAAACUAUACAAGACCUACUCGGCCGAUGGCGUAGCGGAAGCGCACAACUCCGAAGCCGAAUACAAUGAGUUUAUCAACCAAGUGCAGCUAACACCAGUCGAAUUCAUGAAACUCUGUCCAGCGCUGUUGGCACAAAUCGAUCAGCAUGUGUGCAUGCGACCAGCGCCACUAACAAAUGGUGACGAUCCCAAGCAGGCAUUGUGGAAUGCUUGGCUCUACGCCAGCAUUUCCAUAUUCAUACUAUCCGCUUGUGGACUACUAGGCAUACUGUUGGUGCCGCUCAUGAAAACAAUCGCCUAUCAGGAGAUUUUAAAGUUUCUCGUCGCCGUUGCUGUGGGCACGCUAGCCGGCGAUGCUUUGAUGCACUUACUGCCGCAUGCCUUGGUGCCCGAACAUGGCGCGCACGAGUCCGACGCAGCUACAACUGCUGAGGCAGAGGAGCAUCAUGGUACACAUGAGGCAGUAUGGAUUUGCGCAUGCGCCUUCUUCACUUGCAUUUUCAUGUACGUGCUGGAACAUAUUUUGCCACUACUGAAGGGUGAUAGCGCCAAUGGACAUGGACACGGUCACUCGCAUGGCGGUCAUGCACACACGCACGGGCAUACACACGCGCAUCACACAGAACACGCAACGCCUGAUAAAACCGACGCCACAAAUGUCGCGCCGAUCGUCAACAGCGACGCCAAGGAAAUCAACAUCAUGUUGAAUGAAACGAAAAAGGAUCAGAAGACGCCAUCACGUCCGCUCACACCGGUCGCCUUUAUGGUCGUCAUUGGUGAUGGCUUGCAUAAUCUCACCGAUGGUUUGGCGAUCGGCGCCGCCUUUGCCAGCGAUCCUGUCACCGGCAUGGCUACCGCUUUUGCUGUGCUAUGCCACGAACUGCCACACGAAUUGGGCGAUUUUGCGCUCCUGCUGCAGACGGGCGUAUCGCUGCGCCGUGCCGUCUACUUGAACAUUGUAAGCUCGGUGUUGAGUUUUGUGGGCAUGGCAAUUGGUUUGUUCAUAGCCGGUGCGCAUGCGAAUAUGACACAAUGGAUCUAUGCGGCCACAGCCGGCUCGUUCCUGUACAUAGCGCUUGCCGAUUUGGUGCCGGCGAUGAGUGAGGUGGAAGGCCAUGCGGGAGAUGCCAAGAGCAAGUUGAAGGGCACACUAAUACAGAUUACCGGCAUGCUAUUGGGUGGCUUUAUAAUGCUGGCGAUUGCUGUUAAUGAGGAUGCGCUCGCAGAGCUUUUUAAGUGAAUAAUUAAUAUUAUAUAAUUUGAGGUUUGUGGAAGAAGUUGCAAAUGAGCUUCCUAGUCUAAUGCUGGGAAGGCGAGCUUUUAUAAAAAAAAACCAGUCCUGAACUGGGUUUUAGAGUUUCUGUAAACGGAUUUCUAUUUUCUAAAAAGUGUAGACAAUUUUUUCAAAUCCCAGCUUAUUUUAUGAUUUUCGUAAGUGUUAAAGUAUUAUUAAUAUUAGUCUAGAUAAUUUAAGUGUUUAGGAGUAUUAGAAACAAAUAAUGAGCCGAAUUAGCUUAAACUAAAAUUUUAAUUCUAAUAAAUUGCCGAAUUUUUUAAUAUAUAAU